AGCUUUAUUUCUCAAUCUCACUAAUAUCAUUAACAUAAGUAAAAAAUAUUCAUAUAGUUUAGUAACGAUGGCUCAAGAACUCGAUUUGGAAUUGGGUUUAGCUCCAUAUGAUCCAUGGGUUCUAAAGAAGAAUCUAACCGAGAGUGAUCUUAGUCGUUAUGGUUUUGUUAUUCUACCGAAACAAGAUUUUGAAAAAAUAAUUCCGCAUAUGGAACGUGGUUUGGUCGAGAAUUUGGGAAACGGUGUUGAAGUGAAAGUCCAUAUUGUAGAGGAAGGUCAUGAAUCUGAUGAUUACACAUUAACACUGAUCAAGUGCAGCGGCAGGUAUAUGUUGAGAGGAGGAUGGUACAAUAUGGUUAAAGCUAAAGGUUACAAAACAAACGAUGAAAUUGGACUUACGUGGGAUAAGUGGACUCGAAGAUUCCUCCUCCACCAUAUUAACUAAUCUUGUCUUAUUUUUCUCUUUUCAACUAUCAUAGAGAUAUUUAUUUAGAGGUUUUAAAUUUUAAUUACAGUACUUUUUUAUGUGGGUUUUAUGAAUCUUUACAAUAAUAAAUAAAAAGUUAUUUUAUAUCUUUUUACGUUCUAUUCAUCAUAAUUAUUCGAAAAAUUUGUAAAAGGAAUAAAAAAAACAACCAAUCUAUAGCAAUUUCACCUUAAAAACAUUGCAAAAUUUAUGAUGUGAACUAAAUCUCAAUUUCUUUUGAUAGAGCUAAAAGAGAGAAAAAAAAAAAUCCAACAUGUUAUAAUGAACUAAAUCUCGAACAAAAAUCUAAGCUAACAACCUUAAAUCGUAGUUACAAAACAAAACACAAUCAUUUUUUAUUUGAUGUAACGAUUUAGUUUUAAAAGAAAUAAAAAUCUUUA